ACCUUUCUCUUCCACAAAGUUCCUUUCACCACCAAAAACAAACUACCAGAGAGAGAUCAAGGAGGGAUCGAUACUCCAGACACUCUCUGCGAUCUCAGAUCCAAACGACACCGUUUUUUUUUUUUUUACAUCCCUUAAUUAACCAUGUCUUCUGGAUUCAGCGGCGAUGAAACUGCUCCUUUCUUUGGCUUCCUCGGCGCCGCUGCCGCUCUUGUCUUCUCCUGUAUGGGAGCAGCAUAUGGAACAGCUAAGAGUGGUGUUGGCGUGGCAUCAAUGGGAGUGAUGAGGCCUGAACUUGUGAUGAAGUCAAUUGUUCCAGUUGUUAUGGCUGGUGUGUUGGGUAUAUAUGGGUUGAUUAUUGCAGUUAUUAUCAGUACUGGAAUUAACCCCAAGGCCAAGUCAUAUUACCUUUUUGAUGGGUAUGCACAUCUCUCAUCUGGUCUUGCUUGUGGCCUUGCUGGGCUUUCUGCUGGAAUGGCCAUUGGAAUUGUUGGUGAUGCUGGUGUCAGAGCUAAUGCCCAACAACCAAAACUCUUUGUUGGAAUGAUUCUGAUCCUCAUUUUUGCUGAAGCAUUGGCGUUGUAUGGACUCAUUGUUGGCAUUAUCCUGUCUUCCCGUGCUGGUCAGUCUAGGGCGGAAUAAGCAGUGGGAUUAGUACCUUUUGUUAUUCUUUUAUGGCUUAGUGGCGUGACUGCAGCGGAAAAAAAAAUUUAAUGAUUGUUCACUAAUUAUUCAUAGUUAGGAAUCACUUGCAAUGUUUUGAAAUAUUCUUAUGGAAGUGUCUGUUCUGCCAGACCCUUAAUUUCUUUGUGCUGUUUGCAGAGGUAGGAUGAGUCUAUCUUCAGAAUAAAAGCUCAUUAAGCUGUUA